AUGCCAAAGAAAGGUUCGCCAGGCUAUGUUCCUAAAAACAAGUUCACACCAGAGGAAGAUGAUGAGCUUAAUGAAAUUAUCGAGCAUUAUGGUACUAGUGAUUGGGAAAUUGUAGCAUCUCACAUGAAGAAGCGAACAGCCCGACAAUGCAGAGAACGCUGGGUAAAUUAUCUAGCUCCUGAGCUUAGUAACCAGCCAUGGACCGCCGAAGAAGAUAAGCUUCUUGAUGAACUUUAUAACGAUAUUGGUUCUAGAUGGCAUAAGAUUGCACAAUACUUUCAUAACAGAUCUGGAAACUGUAUCAGAAAUAGGUUUAAACUUAGACAAAGACGUGAACAACGACUUCAAAGGAAACAAUUGAAACAACAGACAAAACAAGAAACACCUGCCCCUGAAGUCGUACCGGAAGUUAAAAUGAUUAACUUAGAAUCAUUUAAAACUGAUGAUACAAUAAUGGAUUUAUUCCCAUUAGAUAAAACAAAAUUCGAAGAUUGGUUUAUUGAUGUUUGA